AUGAAAAAUGGAUUGCAUUUACUGACCAUGAAUCUAAUUUCUCUCUCCUCAGUAUGUACCCCUGAUCAACUUAACGAGCUAAAUAGCUGUGAAUCUUAUGUGGAACUCGGGUUCUGCGAGCCAGAUUCCUUGUUUUUUAGCUUUGCACUUCAGAAUUGCUUUUUCUCCUGUGGAUUUUGUCAACGUAAGUGGAAUAGGAAGGAGUUUUAUUAAACCGAUACAUUUUCGCUUUGAAGAGUUCUGAACCUAGUGUACCAUUGUUUUUAUUAUUCGAUUUCUCUAAUGGUAAAUUUUAUGUUACAUAGUAAGAGAGCACUUAGCCAAACUCAGCUAGUAACAUGAAUAGAGACCCCGAGCUUGGUUAAUUUAACGCAAAUCCAGCUGGGGUCAAGAUUUGUAUAUAAGUAAAUUAAUUUGUAUUCAGCAAAAGUAUAAGUAGACGGGAAAGGGGAGGUUCUAGCCCCUUCUUUCUCCUUCGAAGGAAUAUUUUGAGGGACUCAAACCUCCACGAUUAAGUGCGGAAUAUAUCGCUAACUUGUCUUUAAAAAUAUUCAACAUCGUCAUCUUUUCAUAAGAGCAGGUGAUGAUGCGUUUUAGUAUUUUCUUGGACCUCUGCCUGCCUUUCCAUCGUCUCAAAUUGAUUGCAGACACACAAGUCAUGAAUUACUAGGAGCUAUGUGGAAGACAUUUUGGGAAGAUUGGGUGAUGGGGGGGAUAUUCGUGUUCUAAGCUUCUAAAAUUGCAACCCAAACUUUUUUUUGUAUGAAAAGUUUUGACUCUUGGGUAAGCUUACCCUUCACUCAAACUUUUGAUAUUUUGUAUUUGUUUCAGGUCCACCGACCACUUCACCACCGACCACUGCUCCACCAAGUGGGUCUUCUUUUUUUCUUAAAAAAAAAAAAGAAAGAUCAAACUAUGUUCUUGUCCGCUGAUUGUCUCUCAAGCCAUAAAGGAGCCAUACCCUCUUAUCUCACAUCCACUAAAUACAUUGUUUCCUUCCUUGUCUCUCUGUCUCUCUUUCUCUCUCUCUCUCUCUCUCUCUCUCUUGGUUAGUCCUUUGUAAGGUGCAAGGCGCGCAAAAGCAAGGAUUUUUGCGAAUAAAAAUAAUAUCCAACCUUAUGGAAUUCAGAAUCUAGUAGGACGGAGUCCGGACUUUAGAACCUGGGAUUCGGAAUACACAGCGUGGAAUCCAGAAUAUAAGACCGACACGCAUUACAUUACACGGGAGUAAAUCACCACCCUGAUUGGGCUCCAUCCAUGAACACAAGAAGCCAUCUUUGAGGCGUGACCUUUGCAAAGUUUUGCUAUUGUAAAUUUUACACGCAAGUUUGUGAGGAACGAGGAUUUUAACGAAUUAUUUCUUUCAUUUUUCAGUAUGCCUUGCAGACACAUUGGAGAGCUGCGAGGCCUAUCUGGCCUUGGGUCUCUGUGGGCCUGACAGCUUUUUUCGUGACUUUUUAGCCGUAAACUGCAACGCAACAUGUGGAAAUUGUAUUCGUAAGUUGAAAAUUUUAGUUUUUUGUCGUUUAACUUAGAAGAGGCAAAUGAUCAGGAAGCUUGAGUUCGACUCCAUUUUAGGGAUCAGUUCAAAAACCAACAAAAUGGGUGCACCGCCACUCGGUUGAAUUCAUCACAAGUUACACACAAGAGAGGUACUAGUUUACCAAGCAUUCUGUUUUUCUGACUGGUUAUAAAUUAUCUGGUUUCCCGUUAUUUUUCUGAAAUUGCUAAGGGAACCUGUGACAAUUGUCUUGCAAUAACUCUAGGACGCAUUUUAACUUGUCCAGGUUCUGGCCAUUUUGCAAGAAGUAGUUGGCAUACAUGUUCCUUUCCUGAAAAGGAAAGUAAUUCAGGUCUUUGCCUAUAUAUAACGUGAACCUCUAAGACACUACUUUUAUACUGAGUUUAAUCAUAAACUUUUUGUUUCUCUGUAUUUUUAAUUAUAUAUGAUAAGCUACAACAACCAUGCCACCAACGACGACUGAGGCUACCACUACCAUCGCACUAACUACUGAGGCUACCACGACCAUGGCACCAAUGACUGAGGCUACCACGACCAUGGCACCAACGGCUGAGGCUACCACGACCAUGGCACCAACGACUGAGGCUACCACGACCAUGGCACCGACGACUGAGGCUACCACGACCAUGGCAUCAACGACUGAGGCUACCACGACCAUGGCAUCAACGACUGAGGCUACCACGACCAUGGCACCGACGACUGAGGCUACCACAACCAUGGCACCGACGACUGAGGCUACCACGACCAUGGCACCAACGACUGAGGCUACCACGACCAUGGCACCAACGACUGAGGCUACCACGACCAUGGCACCAACGACUGAGGCUACCACGACCAUGGCACCAACGACUGAGGCUACCACGACCAUGGCACCGACGACUGAGGCCACCACGACCAUGGCACCAACGACUGAGGCUACCACGACCAUGGAAGCAACGACUGAGGCUAACACGACCAUGGAACCAACGACUGAGGCUAACACGACCAUGGAACCAACGACUGAGGCUAACACGACCAUGGCACCAACGACGGAGGCCACCACAACCAUGGCACCAACGACUGAGGCCACCACGACCAUGGAAGCAACGACGGAGGCUAACACGACCAUGGAACCAACGACUGAGGCUAACACGACCAUGGAACCAACGACUGAGGCUAACACGACCAUGGCACCAACGACGGAGGCUACCACAACCAUGGCACCAACGACGGAGGCUACCACGACAACUGUUGCAGAGGGUAUAUGGUCAUUUGCUUAUUGGUGUUUUUUUGUUUGUUUGAUUCUGGUCACACUGAUGAUAACCUACUUUCCUUUAACACGAACCUAAAUGUAUUUAAAAAGAGUGGUGUGGCAAAGUCGUGCUUUCUAAAUUUCAUGCUUUAAUUUAUAUUGUAUUUAAACUGAUGACAGUCGAAGGUUUUGUCAAAGCUUAAGUAAAGAAAACUUUUUGCGUGUUUUGAGAGGCUAAUCAGAUAAAUCCUCUCCGUCAGUUACUUGCAGGCCUUUUCCUCUAUGCGGUCUAAGUAGUUUCAGUCUAACAUCGCUUAACGUCAGCUCUGCGUGAUCUUAAUUCAGUUUGAUGACUUUUACGAUUUUGUGCCUAAUUUUAAUAAAAGUCGUUAAAUUUUUUUUUUCACUUAUGAAAAAGAUGCCUGUCUGCAAGCUCAUAAUGACAAGCGUGCUCUUCAUGGGACAUCAGCGCUGAUCUGGAAUUCUACGCUAGCUCAACAUGCGCAAGAAUGGGCAGAAUACUUGGUGUCAAUUAAUGAUUUGCAGCACGAGCGAAAUAUAGAUGAGGGGGAAAAUCUGUACGCAUCCGUUUCACAAGUUCAAGGCACGUGUGCACAAGCUGUAGAAUCAUGGUAAGUUGUUACAAGAUCACGCGCCACUCAAAGUGACGGAAAAUCUCAUGAGAAGCCAGUAAGAACUCCGCAAAAAAAAAAAACAAGCACACUGUCUCAGUAACAACCAUGAAAGUAAUUCUCAACGAGGAUUUUUUACCAAACUUUUGCAAAAUAUUCUUUAAAUCGCUUUUUUUGUUUUUUGUUUACUUCAGCCUUUUCUCCGACUAAAAGAUAAUUACGCUCACAUUCUACAGAGGUUUAUGUUGAGUGUUCGUCGAAUAUUAAUGUGUUCAGAGCUCUAUGUUGUCCUUUGUACUAGAUAUUUUUUAAAGAUUACUAAAUACUUUAACAUUGUACUGCUAUUCCUGUUAACUGAUUCUUCCGAUAUACUUGUAGGUACAGUGAGGUGUCUCUCUAUGACUUUCAGAAUCCACCCACAACGUCCCAGGAAUUUUUCGACAUGGGAGCUGGUCACUUCACUCAGGUUUUUAUCUCAAAGUUGUGAAAAUAAAUAAGUACUUUUAUCAUACCUCUUAGUUAGUACUUUCUCUAUGACUGGUCAAUUUAGCUGGCCUUAGUUCACUGUAAGACCCCGUUCUGUUUGAAUUGGAAUCUUAACUUUUCUGUUUGAACCCAUGAGAUGUGAUUAGUGACUAUAUAACUUCGUUUUAUCGGUCCGUACUUUCAGUUACGGAGCCUGUUUAUCUUUUGCUCGAAUAUUACGGCCUGCACGCUUCGCAAUUGGGUAAUAAAUCCGAGGUGUGAGGACCAGAGGACUAAAGUUCCUCUGAUGUAAAUUUCUCCAUGUUUAUUACUGCAGACCUCGUUAUUUUUAUUGAAUAUGCAGUGCAACAGCAUGCGAUUAACAACGUUCUUAUCGAUGACAAAACAACCAAACAACCGCCAUUACGCAAAACAUUCCGAGUCACGGAGACCAUGUGACCUAAAGGGCGGGAGAAACUGGCGAGCAGAGAAUCCAGCUAAUAAGAGGGUUCGACCUUCUCGCCUGUAGAAGAUUUACAGUAUGCACUCGUUAAGAGAUAAAAUCGUGAGAUAAACGAUCUCACUUCGUAUACAAGUGCAUUUACCACGAUGACUAACCGCGAACUGUUUUGGGAAAUAAUUACUUAUUCAGCUUUGUGUUUUCUGCUCUGAAGCGUCUUGGGUGAAUUAAGUAGACCAAGCCCUCCUGUGAAAGUUUUCAGCCAUAACUCAGUCCUAAUAAUAGUAAUAACAAAUAGAAUAGAUUAAAUACGAAAAUAUUCAAAAGAUCUCAUGAUAACCAUCUCGAAAUGAUAGGUUGCCAAAACGAAGGUAUUCCAACCAACACUCCCUUACUUAUAGCUUAACUAAAUUCAAAACAAAAGUCAAAAAUUAAUUAAAAAAACAGUGACUCCCAUUUUCAAUUCUUUUUUAAUGAUAAUAUGUGAUUUCUUCGUUUGUUUGUUUCUUUUCUGUCAGGUUGUUUGGAAUGCGACCACAAGUGUCGGAGCGGGUCUUGCCACCAUAGGGCCGGAUGCAUCGGGCGAAAUUCAAACCUAUAUAGUGGCUCGGUAUUAUCCACAGGGAAACAUUCUCGGAAAGUUUGGUCAGAAUGUUUUUGAACCAGUGGGACCUUGGUAA